AUGACAGAGAAUAAGAAAGUAACCAUCGUUGUGGAAGGAAACUCUAAUAUUGGUGAGAAUGCUGUUUUUGAAGUACAACCAAUGAUUGAGAAAGCAGGCGUCCUUAUAGAAGAAAAACCGAAUGUUGGUAACGAGGAUGUUUCUGAACAGCAGGCAACGAACAAGAAAUCAUCAAUCACAGGCGCAGUUGUUCCUGAUAAAGCUAUACAAUCUUUGGGACUUUUUGGCUCAGUUGGUCUACUCAUUUUUUUUGGUUUGCUAACUCCUAUUCCGAUUGCCGAAAUUAUCAUCGGUCGAUACUACGUAAAUGAUUGCCCAGUUAAUCCGAAAAUACCACAUUAUCUGUUUGUAACAGGUGUUGUUGUACUUAUACAUAACAUAUUAAUCAUAAUUAAAGGUAUUGUAAUUACUACUAUUAUCAAUCCAGCUAAGAAAGUCCGCGGCAACGAUUCUAAGGCUGUUGGUAUCAGCACUGGCAUUGCUUGUAUCACUUGUAUUAUCCUACUUAUUAUAUUUGCUCUCACAAUUUUUGCGAUUGGAUGGACCAUUGCCGGACUUAUAUGGGUAUUUGGUGCAUGGAAUAAAGUACAAUAUAGUGAACCGACUCAAUCUACUUAUUGUCAUCCGACAUUAUACCGUUUUACUUAUUGGCUAUUUUUCCUCCCUUUUAUUAUUCCUGUUGUAUUAUGUUGCAUAUGUUGCUGUUCGAUCUGUGGAGUAGGCGCCGCGGCUGCCACCAUGAGCAAUAAAGGUCGUCAACCAGUACCAACCACAGAAGCAUGA